GCGCCCCGCCCCUCCUCCUCCUCCUCCCCCUCCCCUCGCCUCCUCCGGCCAAGAUGUCUGACAUGGAGGAUGAUUUCAUGUGCGACGAUGAGGAGGACUACGACCUGGAAUAUUCUGAAGACAGCAACUCUGAACCAAAUGUAGAUUUGGAAAAUCAGUAUUACAACUCCAAAGCCUUGAAAGAGGAUGACCCCAAAGCAGCACUGAGCAGUUUUCAAAAGGUUUUGGAGCUUGAAGGUGAAAAAGGAGAAUGGGGAUUCAAAGCAUUAAAACAGAUGAUAAAAAUAAAUUUCAAACUGACUAACUUUCCUGAAAUGAUGAACAGAUAUAAACAACUAUUGACCUACAUACGGAGUGCGGUCACAAGGAAUUAUUCAGAAAAAUCCAUCAAUUCUAUUCUUGAUUAUAUUUCCACUUCAAAGCAGAAUUCUGAUUUUUUAUGUCAGAUGGAUUUGCUUCAGGAAUUUUAUGAGACAACACUUGAAGCACUGAAAGAUGCUAAGAAUGAUAGAUUGUGGUUUAAGACAAACACAAAGCUUGGCAAAUUAUAUUUAGAACGAGAAGAAUAUGGCAAGUUACAGAAAAUUUUGCGGCAACUCCAUCAAUCAUGUCAGACUGAUGAUGGAGAAGAUGACCUUAAAAAAGGCACCCAGCUAUUGGAAAUUUACGCUUUGGAAAUUCAAAUGUAUACAGCACAAAAAAACAAUAAAAAACUCAAGGCACUAUACGAACAGUCAUUGCACAUCAAGUCUGCAAUUCCUCAUCCGCUGAUCAUGGGAGUUAUCAGAGAAUGUGGUGGUAAAAUGCACCUAAGAGAAGGUGAAUUUGAAAAGGCACAUACUGAUUUCUUCGAAGCGUUCAAAAAUUAUGAUGAAUCAGGGAGUCCAAGAAGAACUACGUGCUUAAAAUAUUUAGUCCUAGCAAACAUGCUGAUGAAGUCUGGAAUAAAUCCGUUUGAUUCUCAGGAGGCAAAACCAUACAAAAAUGACCCAGAGAUUCUAGCAAUGACAAAUUUAGUAAGUGCCUAUCAGAAUAAUGACAUCACUGAAUUUGAAAAGAUCCUGAAGACAAAUCACAGUAACAUCAUGGACGAUCCCUUCAUAAGGGAGCACAUCGAAGAACUUUUGCGAAACAUCAGGACACAAGUGCUUAUAAAAUUAAUUAAGCCUUACACAAGGAUACAUAUUCCAUUUAUUUCUAAGGAGUUAAACAUAGAUGUAGCUGACGUGGAAAGCUUGCUUGUGCAGUGUAUACUGGAUAACACUAUUCAUGGUCGGAUCGAUCAAGUAAAUCAACUCCUUGAGUUAGAUCAUCAGAAGCGGGGCGGAGCACGAUAUACUGCGUUAGAUAAAUGGACCAACCAACUAAACUCACUCAACCAGGCAGUAGUCAGUAAGCUGGCUUAAACAAGAACAAGCUAUGAUGAAAAUCUACUUAAGACAACAGCGCAGUGAUGUAAACCUUAAAAACUGGGAAUGGCAAAACUACUGUCAGUUGAUGUGCCCUGAAAUUAUUGGAGUUACUGGCAGAAGUGCUUUUUUGAUCAGCUGGUUUGUGUUUUGCUGCUGCAUUUAUCCCAAGAAAAAAACAACAGCUUUAAUCUUCAGAAGAAAACCAAAACGCCACGGGAUUGAUGCUGUGUUGACCUUUUGCCCUCACCAUGCGACACCCUAAUAAUCUGCCAAGGGGCACCUUAUGGCCAGAGAGAAGGUUAUGUUUGUCAUGAUUUUUAAUUACACUGACACGUUCCUGUUGGUUUAAAUUUAAGCAUUAUUUUACCUGCAGAAAAAAAAAAUCUCACAAAAAAUAACCUGCAAUAACUUGAAACGCAUACCCUUUUGAACAUUUCUUUUCUCAUGUAUACAUUGAAAUGUUUGCUGCAUUUUGCAAAAUGUCAACUCUCCCAAAAUGUGUCUGCAUAUUUCUGUACCUGCAGUGUAAUAAAGGAUUAGAGGAAACCCACACUUAUGGUGGCAUACUGUCACUUAGGUUUCAAGCAGCAAAAAUAAACAGUGCGGUUCAGAAAUUG